AUGUGUGGAAUCGAUAACAGUACGUGCACACGCAACCGCGUUAUCGAACGGGCCAAUAUUUACCCGAGCAACAGCGGAACGCGAAUCGCGCCGUACGAAGGUGAGCUCCGCGGCGCCGGAGCCCCUCGCCUGAAGGGUCCUAACGGCAUUGCGAUCGUUCCGUGCAAGACUUACCCGCAACUGAGGGUCGUGGGGAAAGCGGCUGCGGCUGCGGCGGCGCACUCACAAACAGCACACGUGCACGGGCGCGCACCUGUCGCGUACUGGCGGGCCACCGCCGCGGGCGUGCACCUUUAUCUGCGGGCGAGGCGCGCGCGCAGGCCGACGCGCCGAGGUGGACUGACUGCCGGCGCGGUACCUGCGCCCACCUGCCCCCUCCCCGCCCCACCAGGAACCGGACGGUGCUCCAAAACAAAACGGUCAACAAAGGACGUGCCACGAAUGUUAGCCACCGUACGCGGCUGGACCGGGCAGGCGGCUGCGCUGCCGACCGUCCCGCACCUGAUCCAGGCGGAGUCCGGAAUGAUGGUUGACGGGCUC